CCCACCACCCUCAACGGCCAAUCCCCAUCGACCGGGCUGAAAGGCGCUGAUCCGCCCACCGGGGGACCCGCCCCCAGUGGCAGUCAGCGGCCCCAGCAGGCGUCGGCCCCGCGGGCCUCGCCGCCGCCGGUUCAGCCCUCGGCUCCGCCCCGAACCUCGGAUUCCCCACCUCCCAGGUUGGAGCCCAAAUUGGAGCCCGUGAAUGGGGUGGUCCAACCUCGCGUGCAUCCCCCGCCCCAUCGACCGGGGCGGGUCACCAAUCAACUGCAAUUUAUGAAGAACGUCGUCAUGAAAGGCAUGUGGAAACACCAACACGGCUGGCCGUUCCACACGCCCGUGGAUACGGUCAAAUUGGGCCUGCCCGACUACUUCAAGAUCGUGACCAAGCCCAUGGAUCUGGGCACGGUCAAGCGACGUCUCGAGAACAACUACUAUUGGUGCGCCAAGGAGGCCAUCGAAGACAUAGACCAAAUGUUCACCAAUUGCUACAUGUACAACAAACCCGGCGAGGAUGUGACGAUCAUGGCCAACUCCCUGGAGAAGCACUACCGGAGCAAGCUCCAGGGGGGCAUGCCCCCGGUGGAGGUGGUUCUCACGCAGGAUGUGAACAAGAAGAUUGUCAAAACCCCGAAACUCACGUCCAAGAAAACCGUCAUGACACCCGGACACGCCCUCAGCGCCGCCCUCAGCGCCGCCCCCUCCAACGCCUCCACUGCCGGCCACAACCACGGCGCCCCCUCUGGCGCGCCCCCUCUGGCCAUGGUGAAGAAAACCAGCCCUCUCCUGCCGCCGCCCGCUUCCUCGGAACCACAUCUCAAACCAGUCAGAGCGCCACCUAUACCAGGGGCAGGCGGAAGUGGCGCCCAGGGAGCGCCCGCGCCCACCACUGCACCCCCGCCCAGCUCGACCCCUGUGAAAACGCAGCCCUUGCCAGAUGGGUCCAUGUUGACGCCGGUCAGUGGCGUGGCUGGCGCCAAAAGUGGGCCAGCCGGGGAUGCCCUGCCACCUGUGAUGAGCGCACCGCCGCCGGCUACCAGCGCGCGCACUGGCAGUGGCAAAGUGGGCACACGCCGGGAAAGUGGUCAUCAUCCAAAGAGGCCCAUCAAAGAUCUCCACGAGGAAUUACCUCACUUCAGCAGUAACAAAUCUCGGGUCAAACUCUCGGAUGCCCUCAAAUACUGCAAUGAAAUCCUGCGCGAGCUCUUCUCCAAAAAGCACAGCGCCUACGCUUGGCCAUUCUACAAACCUGUGGAUGCUCAACAACUGGGUCUUCAUGACUAUCACAACAUCAUCACACGGCCCAUGGACCUUGGGACCGUGAAGCAAAAGAUGGACGGUCGAGAGUAUGGAAAACCUGAAGAAUUUGCUCAAGAUGUCAGACAAAUCUUUAAGAACUGCUACACCUACAAUCCUGAAACCCACGAUGUUGUGGCCAUGGCCAAAAAGCUAGAACAGGUGAGGAAACACAUACUUACCAGGCUUCAUGGAGCUGGCCCAGUGGGCGCCGGCGCGCCCGCUUUGAGCACACCAGCAGCUCCUCCUUUGACCGGCCCCAGAAAGGCUGCAGGUGGCGCAGUCAAGGUCGAAAAAAUGGACUUUGACUCGGAUGGGAGCGAAAAGGACCAGGUCAGCAAGGACGAUUGGAAUCGACGCCUCCUUCACGUCCAAGAGCAGAUGAGACAGCUUAGUGAGCAAAUCCGAAUCCUGGUGGAAGAGAGUGCUGCGCGCAAGAAGCGGAGGCAUGACCGAGGAGGAGGAGGAGGAGGAGUUCGUGCUGCAGGAGGUCGGACCAAUGCUCGCAACAACAGCCAUCGAGCCCUGGCCACGCCCACGGUGGGCAUGAACCAUUCUGGCCUGCUCAAUCACACGACUCAUGUGGAUGCCUCGGGUUCCUCACGUUUGGCGUCCGCCUUUGACGACUUCGAAGACCUUCUCCCGGCAGCGCCCAUGCCCAUGCCCACGAGAGGGCGUGGUCGCGGGAGAGGAGGAGCCGGAAGAGGGGCAAAAUCUUCGGGCAGCUUUGGCGCUCCCGGCUCGGGUGAUGCCAUGGGGGGCCAAGCGCCCCCUGGUGGUGGUGGUGGUGGUCGCGGGGUCAAAAGGCCGAGAAAGGCUGGGCCUGGCGGAGUGGGCAGUCGAGGGGCCAAGAAGGCGAAAGCCGAGGUCCCGCCUCCUCCGCCUCCCGUCGCUUCUCAAGUGGCGAGUGGCGGAGGAGCCGGCGGGGGUGUGGGCGGGACUCUGCCUCCCCCACCCAUUCCUCAUUACACGUCCGACGACGAGGACGACGCCAAGCCCAUGUCCUACGACGAGAAGCGCAAGCUCAGUCUGGACAUCAAUAAACUGCCUGGAGACAAAAUUGGCCGGGUGGUGCAUAUCAUCCAGUCUCGCGAGCCCUCGCUGCGAGAGACCAACCCGGACGAGAUCGAGAUCGACUUCGAGACGCUCAAGCCGUCCACCUUGCGGGAGCUCGAGAAGUACGUGGCCACAUGUCUCCGCCGAGCCAAGCCUCUCAAGCCUUACUACGAAAAGAAAUCCGGCGACCAGCAGCUCACCGAAAAGAAGCAGGAGCUCGAGAAGCGGCUCGAAGAUGUGACCAAGACCCUGGGCGGCGACCCACGCAAGGAGAAGAAGGCUCGGGGAGGAGGAGGAGGAGGAGGGGCCGCCGGCGCCAAGAACAGUGCGGGUGGCGGCAAAUCCGGAGAAGCCAAAGCGGCCAGUGGAGGCGGGCCCAAUGCGGGCAACGGCUCUUCGGGCAGCUCCAGUGACAGUGAGAGCUCUGGGUCGUCCAGCUCAAGCUCAGAUAGCGACUCAGACUCGGAAACCGAGAACUCGCCCACCAAAGCGGCUGACAAGGCCAAUCAUAAGGCUGCAGUCGCCGCUGCUGCGGCUGCGGCGGCUGUUGCGGCGACGGCUAACUCCUCGGCGCCAGUGCCUGGGAACGGAGCGGGAAGCAACCCUUCGACCAAUAUCAGUGUGAGGCGCGACCUUAUGCCCAACUCGAACCACGGCCCCGCGCCUCGCGAACCUAUGGUGCCGCAACAGCCUGCGCCUGCAUUUGGCGCCCCAAUGGGAGUCGGCAUGCCCGUCGCUAGCGGUAGGAACAGCGUUGAUGCGCUGGACAGUGGUGGACUGAAUGCUGCUGUACUGGGCGGAGGAGGAGCGCCCGCAGGAGUUGGAGGAGGAGGAGGAGGAGGAGGCACCAAGACCAAGGCGGCGCUCAAAGGUUGGUCGAGUUUGGCUGGUCAAAAUACCGCCACUUCUAAUGUGGGAGCUGGAGCUAUGGCCAGCACGCAGGCCUCUUCCAAAUCGAAUUUCCACCAGAAAACAUCGGACACGUUUGCAGCCUUCAGGAAGGCUGCUCAAGAGAAACAAGACCGUGAGCGCCAACUCAAAGAACAGCAAGAAACCCAGCGGUUGAAGAAAGAGGCGGCUGAGCGGGAGCGUCAGCGCCAGGAGAACGAGAAGAGAAAAGAGAAGGAGGAGGAAGAGCUGUUGGAGCAGGCGCGCCGAAGCAUGACCGGUGGACCAAAUAACGCUGCCGGAGCGGGGGCGGGGGCGCCACCCGGCCAGCCUGAGGUCAACGCUCAAUCUGAAGCUGACAAGUUGGCGGAGGCGGCACGCUUGGAGCGUGAGCGCUUGCGCCAGCGUGAGCAAGAGCGCCGGCGUAGGGAGGCGAAAGCCAAUCAAAUUGAUAUGAACAUGCAAUCUGACCUCAUGGCUGCCUUUGAAGAGAACAUCACCUAACUGAGGCAGCCUGCCAACGCCCCUUCUCUUGAUAACCAAUGAUUGAGGAGGGACAGAAGAGGUCAACAACCUGCUUGCUUUGAUGUUUCACAAACAAACCCACCUCUUGGGAUCAUCCCUUGGUCAACGCUGGAAGUUCACAAACACACCACACAAACUUGAGCUCCUUUCUUCCCAGCAACGAAGUAUUUUGUAAUUAAGUUUAACAUGAAGGGACACGAAUGACUACGUAGGCGAAACAUGUUUAAUAAGUAUGCAUAUGCCAUUCUAAAAGAGUCAAUAAAACCUAUACACCACUC